CUGUAGAUCGCCGAGUGGUAGUUUCGGCAACUUUCCUGAACCCGCACCUCUGCAGGAGGCCGCAGCCAGACCCGCGCCGGAACCAUGUUUCGCAACCAGUAUGACAAUGAUGUCACUGUUUGGAGCCCUCAGGGCAGGAUUCAUCAAAUUGAGUAUGCAAUGGAAGCUGUCAAGCAAGGUUCAGCCACAGUUGGUCUGAAAUCAAAAACCCAUGCAGUGUUGGUUGCAUUGAAGAGAGCACAGUCAGAGCUUGCAGCUCAUCAGAAAAAAAUUCUCCAUGUUGACAACCAUAUUGGUAUCUCAAUUGCGGGACUUACUGCUGAUGCUAGACUGUUAUGUAAUUUUAUGCGCCAAGAGUGUUUGGAUUCCAGAUUUGUAUUUGACAGACCUCUUCCUGUGUCUCGUCUUGUAUCUCUAAUUGGAAGCAAGACCCAGAUACCAACACAACGAUAUGGCCGGAGACCAUAUGGUGUUGGGCUGCUUAUUGCUGGUUAUGAUGAUAUGGGCCCUCACAUUUUCCAAACCUGUCCAUCUGCCAACUAUUUUGACUGUAGAGCCAUGUCCAUUGGAGCCCGUUCUCAAUCAGCUCGUACUUACUUGGAGAGACAUAUGUCUGGGUUUAUGGAGUGCAAUUUGAAUGAACUGGUUAAACAUGGUCUGCGUGCCUUACGAGAGACGCUUCCUGCAGAACAGGACCUAACUACAAAGAAUGUUUCCAUUGGAAUUGUUGGUAAAGACUUGGAGUUUACGAUUUAUGAUGAUGAUGAUGUAUCUCCAUUCCUGGAAGGUCUUGAAGAAAGACCACAGAGAAAGGCACAGCCUGCUCAGCCUGCUGAUGAACCUGCAGAAAAGGCUGAUGAACCGAUGGAACAUUAAGUUACAAGCCAGUCUGUAUGUUUAUUAUCAAAUCUGUAAGAAUGCAGGAACGUGUACUGAUGACAAUAAUCUGUACGUAGGAAUCAGUCCAGAUGUGUUUUUCCCUAGCAACUUGUCUGAAACCAUAUAAUGGUGUGCAUUUUUCUUUGAGAGGGUCUAUAUAAUCAUUUUCUAGAAAGUAUAGGUAUCUGUACUGAUGUUUUUAUAUGAAGAACAUAGUGUCUUUGUGGUUUUAAAGACAACUGUGAAAUAAAAUUGUUUCACCUG